AUGAUUCCCCCCGAGCCAAGUUCUGCCGCCCAUAAGCUCUACGCGGAGAGUAGCCAGAGGUUCAGACCUGCUACCAGAACGCCCCCCUCGACUCACUCCACGUCCUACUCGGGCGAUUCUUCAAUGGGGGUCUAUGGCUUCAGGAAGUCCAGCAAGGGAACCGUGUCCACUGCUAUAGGUGGCUCGUCCCCCGAACCCAAGAGAGACUCCCACGACCUCCAACUAAACCUGGGAAACGGAAGAGAGUCACUGGUGGAUAACCUCCUACUGUCCUUUGAUAAGAUCGGUGACGGGUCUUUAGGGGCCUUUGAUACUUCACCGUAUUUCACCUCCGUGGACGAAAUGGAAGAUGACGAUACUGCUUCAAACUACUCGCAGAGAACCGGCCCAAUACCGCGCGGCAGCCGAUCUAACAGUACCAGCAACUAUCAUUCACAUAUUGGGAAUUUUGCAGGUGGUCCCGUGGGCGGUUCGACAAAUUACGGGAAUAGACGUGUUGGCUCCUUUGACAACGGAACCGAAAGUUUCGGCAGCGCCAACAACUUCGAUGCUGGGAGGGAAACGCGCUCUCGCGGUCGCGGUCUUGGUUCUUCACAUGGGUUUGCGAAUGUGUAUGACCCCUUUGACGCAGCGCCGCCUCCAUCCAUAAGGAGCGGACCAAGAAACCGAACGCCCUCUCCACCACGGUCUCCGCGUCUUGUACGACGACUGUCAAACAAGUCUAACAGGAGCUUAAGGAGAGACCAGCAAUUCAACCCACACUUUGAAGAUCCUAUAUCACUACCACCGUUGCCGGCAUUUGUGAACCCCGCAACGAUGAAUGCAAAAGAUAAGACCCCACAAAAACCUGGCUUCUUUCGACGGGUGUUUGGUGUGGGUGGUGGGAGCAGUGCAAAUGCAAGUGGUGGAAGUAGCAUUGCAAGUAGCAAACAACCCCAAGAAGUCGCACUGCCACCACAGAACUCCGAUCCCCCGCAGUCAACAAUCAAUAAGAAACCGUCAUUUUUCAGGCGCCGGAAGAAGUCUGUGAGCGAUGCGAUAUCGCAACCUACAGCUGUCUUACCACCUCCCUUACAUGCUACAGAGCCCAUAUCUCCGAUUGAAUACCCUCCCCCCCAAAGCCCUUCGACUUCACUUAGUGCUGCAAUGAAUUCUUAUCUUUGCUCGACAAUGAAAUCUUCUACUUACGACCUAACCGACGAAGAAGACCAUGAGCACGCUUACCUCUCACGGGGUGCGACGAUCCGUACUGUAGCCUCUUCGGAUCCAAUAUCACCAAAGCGACCGACAUUCUUUGGCGAGAGUCUGAGGGGCCGAGACAGUGGCAGUCACUUCAAUGAUGAUUUUAGCGACUACAAAAUAUACAGAAAAGACACCAAGUAUGCAAGGGGUGGGAGGAAUGUAGACCUGAGGCUCCAACCAUCGAAGCCCAAAGAUCGAGAUGAUUGGGAAAGACCACAAACAAGCCCCUACACAAGUACCUUCUCACACAAACAUCAUCAUUCAAGAGACGAAGACGAACCGGAUAAUGAAAUGCGCUGGCCACCUAUUCAAACGAGAUCAAUCCUAUCAACCCGAAGGAGCGUCGAUAAUGUUGCAUUAGAAAGAGAACGACAUGAGAAGGAGCGGCAGAACUCUACUACGUCAUCUGUGUAUGAUAAGCCGCGACAGGGAUCGGUUGUUUCUAAGAAGGAAACGCCAAUUGCUACCGUGCAAGAGCUUGACGCAUUGCACGCUAAGGAAGAGAAGAUACGGAGAGAUAGUGGUCGUGGGAAGCCACUUGAAUUAGAUACGAAAUUGGGGGCUAGUCUUCUGGGCGUAGGGAAUCGAGGCCCGGGAGAUUCGUGGCUCAUGACACCUACACCGGCGACUGCAGCAGGGACUCCAACCGUAAUGUUGCAAAGAGAUGGACCGGGCGAGAAGGCGAAGCUUUUGGAGGAGCACGAAGAGGCAAUCAUGAGUGAGGACGAAGAAGAGGAUGACGAACCGUCAGAGGAAAUACGCGACUUGGCGAGGAAGAUCUUUGAAGGUGAUGAAGAUGCUAUGCCAAAGGCUGGAGUAACUCUCUGGCUUGGCGAUCCGAGUAUUUCGGGCGCAAGAAAUCGAAGGGCCUACAUGGAGAUGUUUGAUUAUUCAGGCAUCAACAUAUUAUCAGCCCUGAGGAUCUUUUGUGGAAGACUGGUGUUCAAGGGUGAAACACAACAGGUAGACAGGAUCAUUACAUCCAUUUCAAAAAGGUGGUGUGAAUGUAAUCGAACACACGGGUUCAAAAGUGUUGACAUUGUGUUUACCAUUCUCUAUUCGCUUUUAUUACUGAACACAGAUCUCCACAUCGCAGAUCUCCCACAAUCCCAGAAGAUGACUCGUGGUCAAUUCAUCAAGAAUACCAUGCUGAGUAUUCGUAGGAUUGUUGCGGAGUCUGCUGCGAAUACAGAUACAAAACUUAUUCACUAUAAUACUAUGCCAUCACGCUCACAGACUCCUUAUCGCCAAUCAUUCUCGGCACAACCAGAUGAUCCUGGGCUUCCUAACGCAGCCACAUUCCCAUUGACGAGGGAGAGGGCGUAUAGUGGCCCGAGUGGCACUGGAAGAGGGUCGAUUGACUUUGGAAGAGCGAAUAGGAACUCAAGUAAACCCAACGGAAUCGGAGGUCUUAGCCCGAAAGGGGAUGAGAUAGUAACAGAAAAGAUGGAUUACGAUAUGGAUGGGGGACUGGCUCUUGUCAAGACUUCGCUCGGUGGUGGGAUUAAGGUCUGGGAAACUCAGGUGGAGAUUGUGUUAAAAGAUUUCUAUCAGUCAGUAAAAGCAACUGCACUACCACUCUAUGGUGCGCCUGAAAAGGCGGAAGUUACACACUCUACUACUCUUUCCGUGUUCGGAUCAGGAAUGCUGCGGAGAUCACCAAGUACUGUCAGCAGAGCGCCGUCAGAACUCAGCGUUUCAAACCGUAACCGGGAUAGUAAGUUGGGCACUAAAUGGACCGCAAAAAAUAGGUCAAGACCAAGACUCUACAAUGGAUCAUAUGCUGCGUCUAGCAGAACGUCCCUCGAGGAUCGAUCAAUGUGGAGCCCUUCUGCAUCUAGUACUUGGAGUAAAUACUCACUUGAUAAGACGCAAACGUCGAUGUCUGUAGAUUCUUUAGGAUCUGCGUUUACACAUGGUGAUUACCAGCAAUCUAUUGGUUUCGCAAAUGCUCUUAGCCAUGCUAUCAUUCGGGAGGAGGCAGCCAGUGGGCACUCGGCCGAUGACGGGGGAUCAACACUACUCGAAUAUGACGAACUGGAGCUUUCAGGGGCUCCAUGGGCGAAAGAAGGAAUGCUUAAACAUAAGCACCACCUUGAAGGUGUCGACAAAAAGGCAAAGAACCGGGCGUGGACCGAAUGUUUUGCAGUCAUUGAGAAAGGCUGGAUGAAAUUAUUUCUGUUCGGCAGCAGCCAACAUAAAGGCGGGAAAAACAACCCGGUUUUAGGCGUAGUCGGUGGAGGGAAUUGGACAGAAAAUGCAGAGUCAAUUGGCACUUUUAUGUUGAGACAGACAAUUGCAUCAGCGCUCCCAUCACCGGGGUAUUCCAAGAGUAAACCAAAUGUGUGGGCACUAUCGUUACCAUCUGGUGCUGUACACUUCUUUGAAGUUGGAACUGCGGAGAUUGUAAGGGAGUUUGUGACAACAGCAAACUACUGGGCCGCAAGGCUCUCGAAAGAACCCCUAGUUGGCGGUGUCAGUAACGUCGAAUACGGUUGGAGUGAAAAUGCCCUUGGUGAUUAUAUGGAUAGUGGGAGCCCUCCGUCGAGUAAUCACGGCGAGCCCAGACCUAGUUUACAAGUUUCGAUCAGAUCGAGUAUUGACCAUACUUCGAUGGUGAAAGCUAAAUUACCCGGUGAUAAAAUGAAUAUCACCGAUUGGGCACCACCAACACAAAGCAUGGUUGCUAGCUCCUUGAAAGAAGCAGAUCAGUUAAAGGCUUUGGAGACUUAUGUGAAGAAUAUUGAGUUGGAAUUGACAAAGCAUAAUGAGUUAAGACCGCCUAUGCGGGUUGCUUUUUCACCUCGUCAUCCGAAUUCAGCAAAGGCGAUGGCCAACUGGGAGAAGAAGUCUUCCUAUCUGCUCCAUGAGAUCAUCAAGUUUAGAACAUACAUCGAAUGCCUGAAUUCAGCCAGUAUCUUAAGAGAGAGAAUCAGAGCUGGCGAAGCCGAGAUCGGUGAAACUAUGGGCGAUAUGUCUGAUAUUGAGGCUCCCCACGGAGCAAAUAUUCCAAUUUAUUCUGCUUAA